AUGGAGUACGAAGAUUACGCUCCAGACUCGACGAACUCUUCGUUCAAAUCGGCAAAAACCUACCGGUAUCUCGGACACUCGUUGGCGACGUACCAACAGUACGUGGUGUACGUCAGCGAAGGGGUGAUAAAAAACUGCUACAACCAAAUCAAAGGGAUAAAAGAUUGGCGAACGGACGACGAGAACGGCGAAAGGAACGACUUGUUACCGCUCUCAAAAGGGAAGGCGAAGGAUUUCUUUUACAUCGCGAAUUUAUACGGGAACAUCGAGGAUACGUUCAACAGGCCGAUUUAUUCACCUCCGGAAGAUUUCAUCGACGUGGCUAUUCGGGAACCGAAUAAUCGGAGAGGGUACUUCGCGCGGUUGGUCAACACGCCGGCGUCGAGGAGAUGUUUGAACUUGGGGAGUUACAAUUACUUGGGGUUUGGUGGGGUGAAUUCGUUUUGCACGCCGAGGGUGAUGAAAGCGGCGAUGGAGAAUCCAGUGACGAGCGGGUCGUGCGCGGCAGAGUUGGGAAGGACGAAGCUGUUGACGGAGGUGGAAGAGUACACGGCGAGGUACGUAGGAAAAGAAGCGGCGAUGGUGGUCGGGAUGGGGUUUGCGACGAACAGUACCGUUUUACCCGCGUUAGUAAGUAAAGGAGAUUUGAUUAUUUCGGAUAAGUUAAACCACAACUCGAUUGUAGAAGGGGCGAGGUUAUCUGGAGCGAAGAUUAUUCCUUUUGAACAUAACUGCGCGGGGCAUUUGGAAUUAGUUUUGCAAGAGGCGACCAACGGCGCGUAUAAAUACGGGAAAAUUGUCGUGGUCGUGGAAGGGAUUUAUUCCAUGGAAGGAGAGUUGUGCAAUUUGAAAGAGAUUGUUGAGGUGUGCAAAUUAUACAAAGCGCACGUGUACUUGGACGAGGCGCACUCGAUUGGGGCGAUCGGGAAGACUGGUCGAGGGGUGACGGAGGAACUCGGCGUAGAUCCGAAGGAUAUUAGUAUCAUGAUGGGGACGUAUACGAAGUCGUUCGGGGCAGCUGGAGGGUACGUUGCCGGCGACAAGAAAGUGAUCAAUGCUAUUAGAAGGUUUUCGAUAGGCUACACCGAUGCUACGGCAAUGCCCGCGGCGGUGUGCGCGCAAGUUUUAGAAUCGUUGCGAGUCAUCGCCGGCGACGACGGGACAGAUAUUGGGAGGAAAAAGUUGGAGAAGUUGAGAGAGAAUUCGUUGUUCUUUCGAAACGGGUUAAAAGAGUUAGGAUUAGAAGUGCUCGGCGACCAUCCGUCGCCGAUUAUGCCGGUGAUGUUGUACCAACCGUAUAAAAUUGGGGAUUUCAGUCGAUUGGCGUUUAAUAAAGGUUUGGCGGUGGUGGUGGUUGGGGCGCCGGCGACGCCGGUGACGUUGCCUAGAGUCCGCUUUUGCAUCUCCGCGGCGCACGAGACGAAAGAUUUACAGAAUGCGUUAGAUGCGAUCAGCGAAAUCGCGGACACGUUGAGCUUGAAGUUUAAGUUACAUCCGCCGUCGAAACUGUUCGGCGACGGCGGGUGUUUGCAAGCGUUGGAGAGGAAAGCGGAAAUUGCGUCUGAGAAAGCGAAAAAGUUAGCCUUGAGCCGACGCAAGGAGUGCGUGGAAAAGGUAAACAAGAUGACGUUCGGUGAUUUAGCGUCCGGGUCAGUAUUGAGUUUGGAAUUGAAACGCGAACUCGGGGAUAUUCACACGACGGAGGGCGACGUUCGGCCUGGGACGGUGUUCAAAAAGACGAUUUCAACGAGAGAUAUGCUUAAUUUAACCAACGACGAAACCAUGCGCUCGGCGUGCGCGGAAACCGUCGGUCGGUACGGGUUAGGCUCGUGUUCUCCUCGCGGAUUCUACGGAACGUUUCAACCUCACGUCGAUUUGGAAAACAAAAUCGCGGAGUUUCUGAACGUCGGCGAAGCGGUUUUGUAUUCUUUUGGCGCGUGCACGGCAUCCUCCGCUAUUCAAUCAUUGACGCACAAAUCGGAUGUCGCUGUCGUAGAUCGUGCGGUUGGACCGGCUAUUUUAGCCGGUUUACGACUGGCGAAGUUGGAGGUUCGAUGGUACGAUCACGCGGAUGCGGAGGAUUGCGCGCGAGUGUUUGCCAAGAUUGAAACGGAAGAUGGGAACACGUCCGCGAGGUUGGCGAAACCGGUCCGAAGACGAUGGUUAAUCACCGAAGCCGUCUUUGAAAAGACCGGGAAAAUCGCGCCUUUGAAAGAGCUCGUCGCUUUGAAGAAUUUCCAUCACGCUCGAAUGAUUUUAGACGAAUCGUACUCGUUCGGGACGAUGGGCGAAACCGGGAGAGGUUUAACCGAACACUUCCGCAUGCCAGCUACGGCGGUGGAUGUGAUUGUCGCGAGUUUAGAAAAUGCGUGCGCCUCGGUCGGUGGGUUUGUCGCCGGGGAUACUGGCGUCGUCGCGUAUCAGCGAUUGAUGGGAUCCGGGUACGUGUUUUCGGCAUCGUUGCCGCCGUACUUAGCCACGGCGUCUUUACACGCCAUCGAGCGAAUUAUCGCCGAACCGGAAAGAGUCGAGAAGUUACAAUCCAUAGCGAGGAGUUUUCAUUCUGCCUUAGUCGCCGGGGACUGUCCCGGGUUAACCACCGAUGCCGAUCCCGGAUCGCCGGUUGUCCCUAUUCGAUUAGUGUCAGAAGGCGCCGCCGGGGACGAGUUCAAAAUCAUACGAGACAUCGCCGAGUACGCGCGAUCGCAGACGAGUGUAGGCGUCGUCGCGGCAAAGUAUAACCCCGUCGUCGCCGCACCAGCUUUGUUGCACACAUCUGCAACGAAAGCGACGCUUCGAUGCUUUGCUUCAGCUUCUUGGGACGAAUCCGACGUUGAAUUUAUCAUUGAAAAACUCGGCGAAGCAGCGUUCAAGUGUUUGCCUGCGCACGCGCUGAAAUCGCCGACAAAACGCGACCCGAACCCGAACCGGUUUCGACAGUCUGAGCGAGGAUCGUUCCGAGAUACUGGAAAUUACAGACUCUCUUUUGACACUAAUAACAAUAGUAACGGACACCAGCGGAGAGCAUCGUCGUCGCAACUGGAAGCGGUGCGGAGGAAGAUUGAACUGGACGAGGAAGUCGCCGAAACAAAGGAGUGGAAAAAUUUCUUCGUUUCAGGAGAUUACGAAGAAGAGCCGGCAUCAUUAUCGGUUCCUUUACUCGUCGUCUUAUUGCACGCGCACAACUUGUUCCGUCGCUACAUCAUCGGUCAAAUCAACGUCACGUCGCAAUUGGUGCCGGCGUUGUUGCGCUCCAUCGGUAUGCACCCGACGGAGAACAAAUCCGCGUUUGUUCGCUUAUUCUAUUUCGUUAGUACGUAUUUAGGAUCGCGAUCGUUUUAUGAGUUCACACUGCCUGUAUUGGUAUGGGUAUGCGCGGAGGAGAGCAAACAAGCGCGUUUCUUAGUGCUCUGGUAUUGCUUGACGUCUUCUUUUGGAUGUUUGUGCAAAGGCGCGUUGGCGACGCAAAAGAGUACGAUACGCAGUAACCGCGAAGUUUCCGCCUUGGGUGCUUUGCGCAACUCCGGAUCUGUCCACGCGUGGCCGUCCGUCGCGGGCAUGAAUGCCUCGUUUAUUCCGUUUUUCUUGUUGCGUUGGAAACACGGAUCAGUGUGGCUGUGGGAGAUGGAGAAUCCGUACUCGGUCGUCGGCGAUUACGCCGUCGCGUUUGCGUUUAUGUUGCUCAUCGUCGUCAGUAGACUAGCGAACGGCGAUUCUCCCGCAAAUGUCCAAGGUGGCGUCGUUUUAGGUGCCAUUCUUCUCCGCAUGGCAUUACCGACCGCGGAGUGGACGCACCACGGUUUGUCGUCAACGUCCGUGCGCAACGCGCAGGGCUUUUCCUUGGCAGCGGUCGUGUUCGCGUUGAUUGCGCUCGUGCCGAUGCCUCUGAACAGCCGAGGUAAAAUCUUACCCGCUGCGGCCAUGUGUUAUCGACGCAUGUGGAGAACGCUGUUCUAUGCGUUGUUCUUCUACGCCGGUUGCGUGUGGAGACGUCCACCGUCUCUUUCUGCUUCGCAGACAACAUCGACCAAAGCGACGACGAAAAUGACGACUCUACUCUCCCCAAUCCUCCUCCUCUCGGAAGCAUCGAAGGACGGCAACUCCCUCGCCUUUCUCUGCAUCGUCCUCUUCAAAGCCGCACUCGGACACUUCAUCCUCAAACUCUCCGUUCUUGCCAUCUCCAACGUCGCGCAACUCUUCUGGGAAUACGUCUUGAAAGUUUACAUCCACUCGAUUAAACCGAGAUUCCAAAAGCCGGGCGAAAAAUCCGCCUCGGUUGGCACCGUCCACAUGCGUUCGGCGGCGUUGCACUUUGUCGAGCUCACCGUAGAUAUCACCUCGGCCUUGGUGUGCGCGCACGGCGUCCCGAGAGUUUUCGAUAAGCUUAGCGUAUGA